CUUGGCUCUUACAGCACUUUUCACAGUGCAGCAAAACGAAAUGCCUUAGAAAAACAGUAACAUUCCAGAAAAUGGUAUAAUUUAUUUUUCUUUCUGAAUUGCCUGAUCUGUGGAGGAUUUCUUCGCUGAACACAUCAAAGCCUGCUCACCAGAUGGCCAUUCCACACACGCUGCCAGCUGACUCUCCUUUCCAGUAAGAAACAAUCGGCCUUUGACCUGACAGGGAAAUAAUGAAUACUGUACCCCCUUCAUCAGAACAUUUACAUUUUCUUUUUGCUAUCACUCUUUAUAAAAACAUGUUUAUUUUACUGAAUGGAUUGUGAGAAGGUAGCAUCGCCAUGUCACUCCUGAAAGCAUGUAUCUCCUAAGAAUAUUCUGUUGUGGAACCACAAGAUCACCAUCAUAUCCAAGAGUCCACAGUUCACCCAGAGGACCAGCAGGGUGAUGCACAGCUCUCCAAGAAACUGGCUUGCAGACCUGGGUGAUGGACACUGAAUCCAGUUCUAGGAGUGGCCACCCAUCACUGAGAUAAAAAGUUUAAAAGUUUAGUUUCUUGUCCACUCAAUCGUCUUGGAUUUAUCACAAGGAUCUUCUGCAUUUAAAAUAGAAGAGGCAUCAUGCUGAAGAGGGAGGGAAAGGCCCGACCUUACACUAAAACCCUGGAUGGAGGAUGGGGAUGGAUGAUUGUGUUUCAUUUUUUCCUGGUGAAUGUGUUUGUGAUGGGGAUGACCAAGACAUUUGCAAUUUUCUUUGUGAUCUUUCAAGAAGAGUUUGAAGCCACCUCAGAACGAACUGGUUGGAUUGGAUCCAUCAUGUCAUCUCUUCGUUUUUCUGCAGGUCCCCUGGUUGCUAUGAUUUGUGACAUACUUGGAGAGAAAACUACCUCCAUUCUUGGGGCUCUCCUUGUUACUGGUGGAUAUCUGGUCAGCAGCUGCGCCACAAGUAUUCCUUUUCUUUGUGUGACUAUGGGACUUCUACCUGGUUUGGGUUCUGCUUUCUUAUACCAAGUAGCUUCUGUGGUAAUUACCAAAUACUUCAAAAAACAAUUGGCUCUUUCUACGGCUAUUGCCCGUUCUGGGAUGGGUCUGACAUUUCUGUUGGCACCCUUUACAAAAUUCCUGAUAGAUCUGUAUGACUGGACAGGUGCCCUUAUAUUACUUGGAGGUAUCACAUUGAAUUUGGUGCCUUCUAGUAUGCUCUUAAGACCUGUCUGUAUCAAAAGUGAGAACAAUUCUGGUAUUGAAGAUAAAGGCAGCAGUCUGUCUGCACAUGCUCCAGAGGCAUGUGGAACAGAAACAUACUGCGACGAGACACAAGAGUCUACCAUCGAGGACAGUACUAUGCAGAAGGCUGGACUACCUAGUGAAUGUGUAAUAGUCUCACAAAAUCAAAAUGAAGAGUUCUGCAAUGGACCUAACAGGAACAGACUGUUAUUAAAAAGUAAUGAAGAAAGUGAUAAGGAGGCUACUUGGUGGAGAUGCAAACAAAAACUCUUUGAUAUUUCUGUCUUUAGAAAUCCUUUCUUCUACAUAUUUACUUGGUCUUUUCUCCUCAGUCAGUUAGCAUAUUUCAUCCCUACCUUUCACCUGGUAGCCAGAGCCAAAACACUGGGGAUUGACAUCAUGGAUGCCUCUUACCUUGUUUCUGUAGCAGGUAUCCUUGAGGCGAUCAGUCAGAUUAUUUCUGGAUGGGUUGCUGAUCAAAAUUGGAUUAAGAAGUAUCAUUACCACAAGUCUUACCUCAUCCUCUGCGGCAUCACUAACCUGCUUGCUCCUUCAGCCACCACAUUUCCACUACUCAUGACCUACACCAUCUGCUUUGCCAUCUUUGCUGGUGGUUACCUGGCAUUGAUACUACCUGUACUGGUUGAUCUCUGUUGGAAUUCUACAGUACACAGGUUUUUGGGAUUUGCUGGUUUCUUUGCUGGGAUGGCUGUCCUUUCUGGACCACCUAUAGCAGGUUGGUUAUAUGAUUAUACCCAGACAUACAACGGCUCGUUCUACUUCUCUGGCAUAUGCUAUCUCCUCUCUUCAGUUUCCUUUUUUUUUGUACCAUUGGCUGAGAGAUGGAAAAACAGUCUGACCUGAAAGAGAGAUGACUGCAAUCAAGUGAGAGCUUAAGGAAAGAAAAUCUAACCUAAUAUGUCAUGACAAACAAAGGCUUGAAAGAAAAGCAUCUACAUUUGUACAAUGAGAAGAUAAACCAGACAAGACUUUUAAGGUUCCUUCUUGCUUUAGCAUUCUGAGAAAUAGCUAAUUGGUAGUAAGACAAGAGUAAUGGCAACCUAUAUUGUUAGCAUUUAAUCAAAUAGGCUAAAAUUGUAAUUGGGUACCUUACAUAUUAAAUAGAAAUCACAGUAUACUAUAAUAAAUCCAAACUCUCAAUCAUGCCAUGGUAAUUCAGUCACUAAAAUAUGUAAAGAUAGAAAACUUUUUCUUAAUUUAAAUAUGUGUAAAAUAUAGUCAUUGAUUGAUCAGAACUCUGGAAUCUGAAUAUUAAAACCUUACUUAGUGACUGGUAUGGCAUAUACUCCCUUCAAAAGUUUAUCUUUGUUUAUUGAUUAAAGGUAAUCCUUACUUUGCAUUACUUACGUUCUUAAAUUUCUAAUAAACAUGUAUUGCUAAAUAAAAAGUAAAUAAAAACUGGUUUUAAAACUU